AUGCGGCAUAUUCACGUCGGGUGUCUUGUGGCAAUGACUUUCUUGUGGGUGGCAAACAGGAUGCAUGCUAAGGAAGGUGUCAAGUGUGGCGGAGUCCUCGCCGCACCAUAUGGCAACUUCUCCAGCCCUAAUUUCCCUGGACUCUACCCCUAUGACACCGAGUGCACUUGGCUCAUAGUGGUCACAGAAGGAUCCUCAGCCCUGUUGACCUUUGACCACUUUGACCUGGAAUAUCACGACAACUGUGACUACGACUACCUCAAAAUCUACAACGGCUUCUCCGAGGACGAGGGGAAUCUCCUGGGAAAGUUCUGUGGCAAGAACUCCCCUCCGCAGUUUACUUCUUCCUGGCAUGUCAUGUCCAUCAUCUUCCACUCAGAUAAGCACGUGGCCAGUCAAGGCUUUUCUGCAGCUUACCGGAAAGAUGUUUGUGGGGGAGUGCUCACUGGCCUUUCCGGCAUGAUAACAAGCCCCGAUUACCCUGAGAAUUACCCCAACAAUGCCGAAUGCCGCUGGAUCAUCCGGGCAGUGCCCAACUCCAUCAUCAAGCUGGUUUUUGCUGACUUUCAGAUGGAAAACAACGAGGGAUGCAAUUUUGAUUACGUGGCCGUCUAUGAUGGGCCCACGAUGGGGGACAUGCAUCUCAGCCACUACUGUGGGAAUAUGAAACCCCCUGAUAUCGUCUCUUCCACGCACGAGCUCCUGUUGGUGUUCAAGUCAGACUUCAACAUAGGAGGUAGAGGCUUCAAGGCCUAUUUUUUCUCAGGCAAAUGCCAGGAAGUAUACACAGCCAUCAAAGGAAAUUUCUCCAGUCCUCAGUAUCCCAACUUUUACCCCAACAAUAUCAAAUGUCAUUGGACCAUCCAGCUCCCCCCAGGAUACCGAAUCAAAGUCUUCUUCCUGGACUUGGCUCUGGAGGGGCGGAACAGCCUAACAGAUGGCUGUGAUUACGACCAUCUGGCAGUGUUUGAUGGAGGCACUGAGAAAGCUUCCCUCCUGGGGAAGUGGUGUGGGAGAGAGAUGCUGUCUCCCAUAACAUCCACUAGAAACAAACUGCUGUUGGUCCUCCACACGGACAGGAAUACGGCCAACAGGGGGUUCUCGGUAGCAUAUAUUGGAGUUGUUCCCGUGAACGUCAGCUGCACGCGAACAGAUUUCCAGAUCCAGAUUCCUGUGCAGUCUCUUGCCCAGCUGGAGAGAAAUAAGAUUUAUUUAGGGACCCCAUCCUGUCCUGCCCAAGUGGUUGGCCUGAACUUUAAAAUACACACCAGGUUCGACACCUGCGGUACUGAGUCCCAGAAAAGAAACCACACGUCUGUGAUUGUCAGUAUCCUGUAUAUCGACUUCUCGGCUGGGAACCAGGAGGAUAUUCAUGAAUAUGAAGUGCAGUGCGAGCCUAAGAGGAAAGAAGCCUCAGUAAACCUUAUCUCGAGCUCUGACCCCUACCGGCUGACCCAGUACGCGGAGAACCUGGUAGAGUCCCACGGGCAGGAUGCAGAAGCAGUGGAGGCCUAUGAGAGCAAGAGCCAGGACACCAGUGACAUUGUCUUCAUUAGCAUCUGUAUUCUUGCCGGUAUCCUCAUGGUGAUUGCUGUGGUUGGACUAGUGCUGCUAUAG